GUGCGGACUGCGUCUGGCGUGCGGGUCCCAGCACGCGAACCCUAGAUCCGGAAGCCGCACUCGGGCGGGCAGGCGACCGCCUUAUCCCCGAGCAAGACCAGGGCGCGGCCGGAACCGGGAGCCCCGUCGCCGGCCACGCCCCCCACCCACCGCUCGCGCGCGUCUCGUCGUCGUUGAGCUCCUCCGCUUCCGCUGCCGGGAGUCCUGCCCUCGCGCCGCCGACACCGGCGGGUAGGAUCACGGCGCCCUCGACCCGCAGAUCCGGCCGCGGCUCAGGUAACAUGGCUCGCGAGUCCCUGCAUGUGGGAGCACCUUGUUUGGCUUACGUUACCAUCCGUACCAUCUCAUCGCAGAACUUGACUGGAAGGAGAUACUUAUGGCGAGGGGACAAAUACUAGCUGUUCUUCAAAUAGGUGGAGAAUUCACCACCGAUGAAGAUGGACACAUGUCAUAUUCUGGUGGAGAGGCACAUGCUAUGCAUGUCCAAAGUGACUGGACUUUUAGCGCAUUUAAGCAAGAGAUAUCGUCGACACUUAACAAUCUGAAGCUCGACCAGUUCGCAUUCAAGUAUUUCCUUCCAAAGAAUGAUAAAACUUUGAUCUCUAUUUCCAAUGACAAGGACCUACGACGCAUGGUUGAAUUCCAUGCGGAGUCAGAUUCAACAUACAUUUAUGUCAUGAAGAAAGCUGACAACAGGUCAAAGAGCAUUGUUGCUGUCUCAGCCACUCCCACAGAUGCCUUUGCCAUUUCCCCAACAACUCAGGAUGGGUCUAAGAGACAAAAGGUUUGUGCAAGUUGGAAGAAUGUGAUAACUGGAGUUGGCCAAGUGUUUGAAGGCCCUAAGGAUUUCCGUGAUGCCUUACAUAAGUAUGCCAUUGCACAUAGAUUCCAUUAUAGAUUUAUCAAGAACGAUUCAUCUCGUGUGACUGCUGAGUGUACUGGUGAAGGUUGCCCAUGGCGAAUACAUGCUUCUAAGUCCCCUGCAAAGAAAGAAUUUAUGAUCAAGAAAAUAUCUGAAAGUCACACCUGUGAAUCAGAAACAGUCAAAAGUAAUCGGUUGGCUUCUCAACGAUGGGUUGCUAGUGUCAUAAAAGAAAAGUUGCGUGAUAGUCCAAACUACAGGCCAAGAGAUAUUGCAAAUGAUCUUCAACGAGAGUAUGGACUAUGCCUGAACUAUUCACAGGCUUGGCGUGGAAGAUCAAUUGCUCAGAAGGAACUCUAUAGUACACAUGAAGAGGCAUGCAGUCAGCUGCCUUGGUUUUGUGAAAGGAUUGUAGAGACAAACCCUGGAAGUGUGGCAACUGUAGUGGCCUUGGAAGAUUCAAAGUUUCGUUUCUUUGUUGCAUUCCAUGCAUCGCUCCAUGGUUUUGAGCACGGGUGCAGGCCACUCCUUUUUCUUGAAGCGAUAACUGCAAAGCCGAAUAAGCAUUGGAAGCUACUGGCUGCUGCUUCAGUUGAUGGUGAAGGUGAUGUGUUCCCAGUUGCUUUUGGUGUUGUGGAUGAUGAGUCACGUGAAAAUUGGAAUUGGUUUCUCGAGCAACUAAAAUCUUCACUUGGGACAUCUCGAACCAUCACAUUCAUAUCGAAUGGAGAACAUGGACUUUGGGAUGUAGUAUCUUCGGUUUUCCAAGAGAGUCAUCAUGGCUACUGUGUGGAGUCUCUUAUUGAAGAAUUUAAGACGCAACUGGAUGAUGCAUUGACUGAGGAACUAAAAGAUUCCAUGGUUGAGCAUCUUAAGAAGGCCAUAUAUUCAUGCACAGCUGAUGAGUUCAAUCAGUAUAUUGAGCUCAUCAAAAGUGAAUCUGACAAGCUUGCUGAUUGGCUCUUGGAGAUCAAACCUGACCAGUGGUCAGAUGCUUUUUUUAAGGGAUCACGUCAUGGACAGUAUUCUUGUAAUGUUUUUGGCACUGUGUCUGAGUGGAUUCCCACAAGAUAUGAGCUUUCAGUUGUGCAAUUGGUUGACACGAUAAGGUGCAAGCUGAUGGAGAUGAUGUACACACGCAGGGAGUCUUCCAAUGCAUGGACUGAGGUAUUAACACCGGCAGCCAAUCAGAAACUUCAGGAAGAGGUGAACAAAGCCCACACCCUCAAUGUCCUUCCAGCAGAAAACGAUGAAAAUGGCAACAUGUUUAAGGUCUGUGAUGACUCAGUUAAUGUUGUCAACCUUGACACAUGGGAAUGCACCUGCCAAAGGUGGCAUAUUUCUGGACUGCCAUGCAUGCAUGCGAUUGCUGUACUGGACCGCACCGGGCAAUAUGCAUAUGACUACUGUGUGAAGUACUUCACAACAGCAUGCUACCGCUUGACCUACUCCUUGUCAAUAAAUCCCAUACCUGAUGUAGUUGUGCCACCUACAUUAAUCGACCCAGCUCAGAGCCCAGCAACAUACCCAUGCCCACUGCGAACCCGCCGUCGGGUUGGCCGGCCAAAAGAGAAGCCUGCUGAUCCUCGCAUUGCAAUCAAGAGGGCAGUGCGCUGCAGCAGGUGCAAGGGUUAUGGCCACAACAAGGCAACCUGCAAAGUUCCUGUCAGCACAUAGUAUUUACUCAUUGAAUCAGUUGUGCAAUGUACAUUAGGGUGGAGAGUUGUUCGUGUUAGUCUCUGCAAUGUUAGUGCUGAUGUUUCUUUUGAUAGUCUGUGAUACAUGCUAGGGUUGAUCUCUGCAGCAGUUGCAAGGGUUAUGGCCACAACAAGGCAACCUGCAAAGUUCCUAUCAGCACAUAGUAUUUAAUCAUCGGAUCAGUUCUGCAAUGUACAUUAAGGUGGAGAGUUGUUCAUGCUAUUGUUCUCAAAAAUGCUAGUUCUGAUGUUUCGUUGGAUAGUCUAUGAUACAUGCUAGGGUUGAUCUUAGCUCUGAAUUGAUCUGUAUUUUCACCGUUGCUUAGACUUACUGUAUUAGUCUGUGAGUAAAACACUGUAGCUAACACUUGGGAAAGCCUUGGAGGGUCUGUGUCUUAUACUCGUUGCGAUCCAAUA